CAGUCUGCAGGGCCUUAUCUGCAGAAAGCAAACUCUUGAGGGUUAAAAUGUAAAUCAAAGAAAUUAGCAUAGCUAAAAUGGUGGCUUUGUGGAUUAUCGAAUAAGACAAUCGCAGACAAUGAAAGAAAGAGUCUGUUCCGUCCAUCCCCCAACUACGAACGGCGUAGUUUCAAAAUCCAAAGCCCUACCAGCCUCAAAACUUUCGUUAAAAUUGUUGUUAAUUACAAAGGCCUUUUUCUUGGAUAAGCAGAGUGGGAAGAAAUGUUACAUGAUAUCUUCCAGGGACCUUAUGUUUGUGCGGGGUGAUAUUCCCACAGAUUGGGGAUGGACUUCUCUUCCCGGCACAACGUUCCUAGAGUUUGCUGAGCUUAUACAUGCAUUUUGGCUCGAGAUAGGUGGAAAGAUUAGUACUCGCAUUUUGUCACCGGGGACAAACUAUACAGCUUAUCUUGUGUUCAAGCCAAAAGAAAGGUUUUACGGGUUUGAAAAUCAGCCUGUAGAGGUCAGUGUUGGACUUGUGGGAACUAAAAACCAAAAACGAUCUGUGUUUUUGCAUGAAAGAAGAGAUUGGUGGAUAGAAUCCAGCCCCAGUGUCGGCUGGUGGCUGCCAUCUUGCAGAAUGAUGUUUGGUGGCAAUUUUGCUAAGAAGAGAGGAGAUGAGUGGCAUGAAGUCGAGUUAGGUGACUUUUUCAAUGCAGGAGAUGAAGAUGGUGAAUUGGAAAUGAGCAUUUUGGAGGUGAGUGGUCACUGGAAGGGUGGCCUCAUUGUUCAAGGAAUUGAGAUAAGGCCAAAGCAGGGUGUGUUUAUUCUGUAAAGCAUGUGACGUUCCCUUAAGUGAUAUGGCAAUUUGCUUGUUCUGGGAUUCACUUGAGCUAUUGUGCCAAUUGAUGUUUUUUUGAGAUGAUUAUCUUCUCAGUUUGCUUUUGAGUAAGAGUCCAUGUAUCGGGCAGACUUUGAUGACAUAUUAACAGAUCUCAUGGUAGUACAAUAGUUAAUAGUGUCACAUUAUGUUAUAUUUUGCAAUAGGGGAAGAAAUGUUAAUGGAAGUUAGCAAUAUAUGAGAAACAGAACACAACAGUUGAAUGCUAAGGUAGCUUAUUGAUGUGAAUGGGUGAAAAAUCUGAGGUUGAAGUUUGUUA